AUGCGCGGGGUGAGCAUCGACCUCCUCUUCGCACGGCUCGCCAAGCCGCUGGAUGAGGGGCAGAGCUUGGAGGAGGCCCUGAAGGACGAUCAGAUUCUCAAGGACAUGGACGACAGGAGCAUCCGGUGCAUCAACUGCUACAGGGUUGCGGACCAGAUCCUGCAGCUGGUGCCGAACCAGGAUUCCUUCCGGUCGACCCUGAGGUUUGUGAAGUGCUGGGCGCAGCGUCGGGGCAUCUACUCGAACGUGCUGGGCUUCUUUGGUGGCGUCACGUGGGCCGUGCUGGCUGCGCGGGUCUGCCAGCUGUAUCCGAAUUAUCCCCAGCUCGUGAACCGCUUUUUCAGGACUUACGACCAGUGGAAUUGGUCCAAGCCGGUGAUGCUGUGCGAGAUCGUGGAGGCGUCGUCUGCGCCCGGGAUGGCCAAAUUCAAGGUCUGGAACCCGCGCACGAACCCAGCGGACAGGCAGCACGUGAUGCCCGUCAUCACGCCGGCGUUCCCCGCCAUGAACUCGACCCACAGCGUUACGGAGACCACCAAGCGCAUACUGCUUGACGAAUUUCGCCGCGGAUACGAGGUAGUCAAGGGCGCGGAGGCUCAGAAAUCGUCGUGGAUGGAGGUGCACGACCCGUACCCUUUUUUUCAGACGUUCCACCAGUACCUCUGCUUGGAGAUCCUGGCCAAGUCAGAGGACCCACACUUCGAGGUGUACCACAAGCUCAGCGGUUGGGUCGAGAGCAAGCUUCGCAUCCUGACCAGACAGCUGGACGUCUACGACGGCGGACCAUCAGCGGGCUUGUCAUACGCCCGAACCCCGAGCGGUAUGAUCUCGGUGGCACCGACGCCGACUGGCGGCUAG